AUGUGGUACAUUUCCAAAAUAUUCGCCGGUAACAUAUUCGAAGCCAUCGUAGCAACAGAGUUACAACUUAUCAAAGUAACAAAGCCUUGGGAUGUACCAAGUUUGUGGUCCGACUCUGGACAUUGGAGAAGGUACGAUUCUCGAGGUCUUCCUGCAAAUAUGACCAAGUUGCGAAAGCAAUCCAUGUACCCAAGCAUCUCAGGCGAGAAUGCAGUCACCGCCCUGCUGGAGGUCUUGAAACGAGAGGAGGAUAUCCUGGAGGCAGAGCUGAUAAGGAAGGAGUCGUCAACACGACUAAUCAAUCUGACAGUAAGUAACACAUAUUUAACAUUCAACGGCAAUAUCUAUUAG